UCAAUUAACUUCAGAAUCCGUGUUCUGUGUACACAAACUACGUGGCCUCGUUGGUGUGGCUAAUCCCUUGAAAAACGACUUAUUAGUUUAUGUCUGGAAUAAUAUCCACAGUAAUAGGUCCAAUCACCCAGCAGACUAGAUCACUGAUACAAAUGAACAUGACCCGCUCAUGACGUCAACCAAAAGAAUAUUUGUGAAAUUCUGUAUACUUUGAGGAAUUAAGCCAGACCGGCUUACAAACUUUAUCCUGCAAACAUGUUGCCUAAAAGAAGACAAUGUAAAAUUAUCAUAGCCACAUCGCUAUUCUGGAUCUUUGUGGACUUUGUGUUAUUACUGUACUAUACGGCGCCGUGCGUGGGGCCGACGUGUCAGCAGCAAGCCGGUGAAGAUGAAGGACCCAUCAAAAGAAUUAUUGACAGAGCUAAUAAAUGGAUGAAUGAAUUACCAGAAGAGAGAAAACAAAUAGACAUACCAAAGCCUGUAAAUUUAGAUGGCCCCGGUGAGAUGGGCAAACCUGUUAUUAUAGAGCCAGAGAAGAAAGCAGAAUCAGAGAGACUAUGGCACAUCAAUGAAUUCAACUUGAUGGCUAGUGAUAGAAUAGCACUCAAUAGAUCAUUGCCUGAUGUUAGGCCUAGAGGUUGUGCCAACAAAGUGUAUCCUAAGAAUCUUCCUACCACAAGUGUCAUUUUGGUAUACCACAAUGAAGCUAGAAGCACCUUGCUGCGUAAUGUUCAUAGUAUCAUCAACCGGUCGCCUCACGAUCUUCUAGCAGAGAUCAUCCUGGUGGAUGAUGCAAGUGAUCAAGAACAUCUGGGUAAACCGCUUGAGGACUACAUUGCCAAGCUCCCCGUCUCCGUCCACGUGGUGAAGAUGAAGGAUCGAUCUGGUCUGAUCAGAGCCAGGAUGGCAGGGGCUGCCGUUGCUAAGGGACAGGUUCUUACCUUCCUCGACUCCCAUUGUGAGGUCACCGAAGGAUGGCUUGAACCAAUGCUUGCUAGGAUAGCGGAAGACAGGACAACAUCCGUAUGCCCCGUCAUUGAUGUCAUCAGCGACGACACCUUCCAGUACCAACAUGGUAACGAUCCGCAGAUGGGGGGCUUCGGUUGGUCCCUGUUCUUCAAGUGGUAUCCGGUUCCAAAGAGGGAACAGGUCAGGAGGAAAGGAGAUCCAACAGAACCUGUCAGGUCUCCUACAAUGGCCGGUGGACUGUUUGCCAUUGACAAGAGUUAUUUUGAGGAACUUGGGCAGUAUGAUCCCGGCUUCAACAUCUGGGGCGGGGAAAAUCUGGAGCUGUCUUUCAAGUUAUGGAUGUGUGGAGGUAAACUGGAGUUCAUCCCAUGCUCUCACGUGGGCCAUGUGUUCCGCAAGAAGUCCCCCUACCACUUUCCCCCUGGUACCAACUACGUCAACAAGAACAACAAGCGCCUUGCCGAGGUCUGGUUGGAUGAGUACAAGAACUUCUACUACAGGAUAUCACCUUCCGUGGCCAAGACGGAUCCUGGAGAUCUCUCCGAUCGUUUGAACCUGAGGAAGAGCCUGAACUGCAAGUCGUUCAAGUGGUACCUUGAAAACAUCUACCCAGAGUCAUCCUGGCCAGUCAACUACCAGUUUAUGGGUGAAGUGAGGAAUAUGGAGGCUCAUGUCUGCUUGGAUACCAUGAUGAAAGAGGCUGGCCACAAGGUUGGUCUCUAUGGCUGCCACGGGCAGGGCGGAAACCAGAUCUGGGCGUAUACAAGGAACAAUGAGCUGAGGCAUGAUGAUAUUUGCCUGGAUGUAGCCAGAGGGGGGCCCGUCAUGAUGCUGAGCUGUCAUAUGCAGGGAGGCAACCAGCAUUGGAACUAUGAUGAAUCGUCUAAAGAGAUGAAGCACAGUAGCGGUUUGUGUCUUGAUAUGAGCGACAAAUCGCGGGAGGAGCCAACCGUCCAAGCUUGCAACGGGAAGAAAUCGCAAAAAUGGGAUCUUAAGACGCUGGACUUAAUAAGUUAGGGCUGCCUUCUGAGGCAAAGUAGAUACCUAUAUUUAAUUGAUAACUUCUCCAAUAUUGCAAUGUUGAUUGGGUAUGAUUAUGAUUAUCAGUAUGGCCUAAUGAUUUGGUUUUCUGGUAAUGGAUUGUGGAAAACAGUCCACAUGGAUUUUGGGAGUGGAUAUUACGAAGGACGAGGCCUGAACUUUUUUAAUGUGAUUAUUGAAAUGCAUUGAUGUAUGAUGGGAAGAUAUAUUAAUGCUGUAUCGAAGUGUCUUUUGGCGAUUUCCCAGACCUCUUAAUUUCAUUGUUAUUUGAUUUGCAAAUAAUUUGUUUUGUUAUAUUAAUGCCAUUGUGAACGAAAGUCAACCAGACCAUAGAAGUGAUCCAACAUGCCACUGAAUGGUUCUCUGCAUCUCCAAGGGAGAAAUGAUACCCAAAGUCCUGUAAUUCUCUCCAAGAUUUUCAUCCAUGUUACUUAAAAUGGGCAUGAGGUGUAUCUUUUUUUUAUUUCAUUUUGAUUUUUUUCAACUUUGUGAUAAUUCCUAGAAGAAUGAUAGCAAUAAUAUGCUGUUUUGAACAACAAAUUUUCAGCUGAUGUGACUGUUACGUUGUUUAUUUUUUUCUAUUAGGAGUAGAAAGUCUGUGUUCUUGAUUUACAGAAUUCCAUCAACGUUGCUUUUGAUCACCAAACAAGAAUGUUUGUAGUAUGAAACCAAUACUCAUACAUGUUUGUGAAUAUCAUACACAUUGCAAAUCCAUGCUAUGAUUUAAUCUAUAUUUGUAAUAAUUGAUUGUCCAUAAUUUCUUGGAUGCUGCAUGGUUUUCACUUUCUAUUUUUCACGAUUUUUUUUUGUCUGGGUGGACGUUUCAUCAAGUUGUUCACGGAGAGGAUCAAUUUUCAAGCGGAAAGUCAUUUGUAACUUACUAACAGCUUUUUUGAACUCCCAUCUGGUUUCAAUGCUUCUUCAAAUAAUCUAGCCCCAAUUUGUUCAGAAUUGGGUAAAAUGUGAUUACUGGACAUUUUUAAGGAAAACCAGAGGAGCAUAUCAUCAUCAGAUAAAGCUAGCUAGCCUAUUGGUAAAUGUCAUCAGCAAGUGUUAUAAGCUAUCAAAAUCAGUGAACCUGAUUCGCUAAGAGUAUAUUUUUAAGGAAUAAUCACUCAAAAAGUUCUUUGUGUAAACUAAAGCCACAACUGAUUUUAUUUUUUUUUAAACACUGGUAUAGAUAUUUUUCAUAUUAAUCUGUGGUCACUCUUUAAUACACUGAGAGCAAAAGAAUCUAUUUAAGCAAAUUGGAAAUAGACAUGAAUUAAAAAGGCUAUUUUAAGAAAUAUAAAGUAAAUAUAUUGAUGUGUGGAUUUUUGUCUUUGCCUAUUGAUGAUCAUGUAGCUAUAAAAUAAAACUAGGUAAAGUGCUUUAAUUUUAUUAUAUUCAAAGAAAAUAUGUAAACUUGUCUUUCUUGAUUUGGUAGAUACACAUGUGCUGUAAAUGUUUGUGUUUGGUUAUGACAAUCUAGAACUUGUUUGGCGGUUUAUGUGUAAGUAAAACAAGAUACAAAGUCUGUAGGUGAUGUGAUGAUAUUGCUGUUGGAUGUAUUAUGUUGUUUACUUAUUAUAAAAUCAGAUUAGGAUAUUUGAUAACUGUAAUGCAAGUUGACCCAGUUCACACUCAUGAAGUAAGAGUGGUCCAAGUCCAUUGAUCAUGAAGAAAAUUUUCUUCUGUUUUGGGGGUUUCCUGAGUGGACUGAAAUAUGUAAUUUGCUGUUGGAGACCCGUUAUUAUUUUAUUUCUCGAGUAUUGGCAGUGGCCAGCCUUGUCUGUACGUUGCUUGAUCAAAGGAUGCCCAUAAUAGAACACUCUUCUCAUUGUCCAACUAAUCCUUAUCAUCCUUGGUUAGAAUUGGGCUGCAAUGCUUGAUACAAAUUGCUGGGCAGAUCCUGUGCAAUUCACAUUUGAAACAUAAGCAGUUGCAUAUUAGCUGUGUAUCUAAAUGUGUGUGUUAUAAAUUAGAGUCACUAAAAUUUAAAAAAUGCACCAUAUCAUACAUUGUUGGCUUGUGAAGCAGGCUUUGGUAAAUGAAUUAUAGUGUUUUCUUGUCUUUUCAGGGUAUUUAUCCUAUAGGUAAAUAACAAAACUCUUAUCAGAUUUUAUUUCUGAGUAUAAAUAUCCAAGCGUCUGUUCUCUUCUCCUUUGAUUGUGCCAUUUCCAUAUAUUCAUUUAAGCUUGCAUUUAUGAUCGGUUAAAACUUUUAACACUUCAAUCAGACUUAAACCUUAUUGUCAUUGCAUUUUCAUCUUGCAUUUUUGUACUUCAACUUCUAUCUCUGUUUUUAAAGAAAAACACAGCAUAUUUAUGGUCGUCAAUUUAUUUGUGGGUGGAGUACAAAUUGAAUUGUGUUGUUAUAAUACCAUCAUUUUAGUCUAAUUUGUUAGUUUAUAAUGAUCUGUUUUAGUGUCUGUAAUAAAACUGUUGUCCACAUUUUCUUUUAGCCAUACAUGUACUUAUACUUGCAAUUAAAUAACUUGCAUGUAUAUUGUUCAUCUAAAAUCAUGCUUUGUCUCAAACUACAUGUGACUUUUUUAAAUUUACCUAUUCAAGUGCAUUAUGCUUGUAAUAUACGCAAUUGUGAUUUAUCUUCUCUAAUUCUUCCAUCAUUUAAGAGUUGAACUUUUUAUUUGUAAUUGUAUUUUAAAGUUGAUAGCUGCAUUUCUGGUAGAUAUAAAAAGAUAUCACAGAAAUCUGUUUCAUUUCUGAAACGAGAGAUUAGACUUAUGACUUCAUCGAAAAAGGAGGUUUUUUUUUUAGCUAUUAGAGAUGCGACUCAGGCGUGGAUCCAGGAGGGGUGGUACAGGGGGCACGUGCCCCCCCCUUUUAGAAGAAAAAUUAUUGAUCCGAUCGAUUGUAACUAUGAACGGCCAGCAACGUCAGCAUGUAUUAUUCAUGUUCGUUCAAAAUAUUUUCUAACUAUUAUGUAUAUUCAUGCAUUUUUUCUGGAAAAUUCACUGUGCUUCUCUUUGUUUACAAAGGACGUGCAAAUUUCCUUAUAAAAAAUUAUGACACUGAUGGAUUUCCAUAGACUUACGUCUGAUUGGAUCAAUCGUAACUCUUUGUAAGAUGGGGCCCAGGUUUAUCUGGAUUUAAAAAAAAGAAUGAUUGGAUCAAUUGUCACUCUUUGUAAGACAGGGCCCAGGUUUAUCUGGAUUUAAAAAAAAAAGAUUGAUGGGAUCAAUCGUAACUCUUUGUAUGACGGGCCCAGGUUUAUCUGGAUUUUAAAAAACAAUUGAUUGGAUGAUUUGGAUCAAUCGUUACUCUUUGAAAGACGGGGGCCCAGGUUUACCUGGAAAAAAAAAGUUGUGUAAAUGUCUUUAUUUAUGGUACCUGUACAGUAUUCCUGUGCUUCAAUGAUGGAAGUCUAAUGAUGAAAAUAUUACGAGAUUAAUGAUUAUGAGAUUGAUAAUUAUAUUUAUCACAUUUGGAGAUUUAAAUUUGCAAUCUUGUCUGGAAAUUGGACAAAAUGGUGAUUACAAAUAGCUGUAAAGUGCCAAUUUAUCUCAUUGAGCAAUUAUUGAUCGAGUCUUGAGCAUAUACAUGUAUGUGAUAAAAUGUAUACCUUGUUUAGAACUUGAUUCUGUUUUUGUCCUAUCUUGUAAAAUGAUCAUAUUUGGCAUGUAUGCUAUUUGGUCCAUGUGCACAUUGGCUGAGCAGUAAGAACUUGUUGUUUAUGUUCUAUAAGUAGCAGCUCACAUUGAAAUGGCUAUUUUCUGUAAUUGUAUUGUUGCAAAGCUUGCACUGAAAGUAAUUUGAUUUGUUUUAUAUCUUGGAACUUGUUCAUGCUCUGUCUAUUGCUCUGCAAGCACACAAUUAAUGACAGUAAGAUUUAAACUUUCUGAUGUUGGUCUUUGUGCAUUUGGACCAAAGAAGUGAUGGGUGAAUUUUCUCUUAAAUCAACUCAAAGAUUCAUGAACUUUAGUGCCUUAGUCAUAAGUCGAUAUUUCUCAACUGCAUAAUUUGUAACUAUUUUACAUUCAUUUAUAUUGUAUUAAAGUCAAUCAAUAGACAGAUAAAUGUGUAGGCCUAUUAUGUACUUCAUUUUUUGUAGUUUUUUUUUCAAUACUUGUUUCAUUUAUACAGAUGUCUUCUUUGACUAUUUAUUUUGUAUAAUUUGUAAUGUUAUCGUUGAUUAUUACUUUAAUUUUCUAUUUCGAGGUAUUGAAGUCUAAUUUUUUUGGACAUUAUAAAUUGAAGGAAGCAUCCUUUGCAGUGUACAAUUCAUCAUACAUGUACUUUAUUGAUUAUUCUAAAGUUCCUUGUUUUUCAUUACCUGAAAUUCAAAUUCUGGGUUCCUCUUUGUUCUAGACCUCAAUUUGUACAUUUGAAAAUACAUAAGCCCAAUUUUUACAAUAAGUUAUCCUCAACAAUUACCCUACAGUGUAUUCAAGAUUUGCAAACAUAGCA